AUGUCUGCCGACGCCGACGAGCCGUCGUCGGCCGACGAAACCCCGGCGGCUUCAUCUCUCGAAGCUAUUGCUUUGGAGCUGGAGCACGAGCGGGCGGCGCGCCGCAAGCUAGAGGCAGAAGUCGAGCGCCUGCGGCAGGUCGAGCUCCAGGUCAAGUCGCUCGAGUCCGAGCUCUCGCGCUCGCGCAAUGCCGAGUCGGCGUCGGUGGCAUCAUCGCGGGCCCGGGCCCGGGCUCACGCCCGCUCGCGGACGCUAGAGAAGAACCCUUUGCCGCCACCAGCCAAGUCGCGGCCUAAGACCGCCGAGCCCAUUGCGCAGCGACGCGCCCGCCGCGCGCCGGCCAAGUCGCGGGCGCAGUCGCCGCAGACCCGCAAGCCACGGGCAGCAGCGACCGCGCGCACUCCGCCGCGUCCGGCAUCGGCGGCCGCCUCGUCGCGGCGCUCGCGCUGCAUUCCACCGCCGAUCUCGCCGCAGGCCGACGCUGCCGAGCGGCAGCGCGGCGGAAACGCGAAGCCGCAGCCGCCGACGCGGCUGCUGCCGCCGCCGCCCGCGACGAGCGAGAAAAAGAAGCUCAAGGCCAUUCUCACCCGACGCGGCGCCUUUGUCCCACCAUGGAUGCUCCGCGACAUCAUGGACGAGCUCCGGGACCUGGGCAUCGGUGUCAACGUCGACACUCUCUACGAGCCGCACCGUUGGUGGCGGCUUGCCUGA